AGAUUAUUUUACAUUUUCAGGGAGCGUAAGUGUAAUAUUAUUCUGUGGACUUAAUUUAACCAAAUAUGAUAACGAAACUCAGGAAUGCAAUAACUGGAAGGUGAUGGACAUAAGAAAUGUUAGGCCAUUAUUUGUACCGCCGACAACAAACUUUAACUCCACUUCAAAAAUUUUACAAAAUGACCAAUCAAAUAAGUCGUCAACAAUUAACACUUCUCUCAGCAUCGUUACAUUAACUUGUAAUGGAAGAACAUUUAGUACUUAUACUAAUAAGAAAGGCACUGUCGGAUGUUGUGGCCCAGUGACAUACCAGCCAAGCAAACAAACUUGCUGUCAGAUGACAAGUAAUGAAUACACAAUCUAUGACAAUAAACCGGAAAGAAAUUAUGUCUGUUGUGGCGUACUUGUGUUUGCAAGAAGGUCAGCCAAAUUACCUUGUCAGCAUGGUUCACGCAACGAGGCACUGAUGAGUAAUAAAUUGCCAACGCUUAGAAAAAAGUACCCUGUUUGGUCAAGUACAAAAAUUGAAAUAUGCAGUAAAAAAUUUGUGUUUUACGUGAAGAUUACGGGUGAGGAAGAAACAAAAGACAGGCGUAAUCUUGUUAUCAAAGUCACACAGUAUGAAUGGAAUGGACUAUAUUUGAGACGUGUUCACAUGAGAAAGAACAUUGAAGCUCCAUUGGACAAAUACAGUCAAAAAUGGUUGAAAAGAAAGACAUUUGUAAUAUUUUCAAAUUACGAGUACCUAGAUGAUGUAGUUUUCUAUCGUCACGAUAGAGAUGCUGUGUUUAAAGCAUCAAGAAGAAAACAUUUUGUGUUAAAGAAACUAAGAAAACUGUUGAAUACUUGCUAAAUACUAUAAAUUUUUGCAUGAUUGUUGUAAACCGCGAAUGGUUGACUUGAAAACUGCCACAGGCCUGACAGAAAUACAAAACAAGAGGUUUUAUAGUAACGUUUUCUACGUACAAAGUAAUGUCUCAAUACAUGAAUGGAAGAAUUACUCCUGGAUUUUUUAAAACGCAUUUCACAUUCAUAUUGUAUUUAUUUAUCAUAGAUUUCCUAUGUUCAUAACGUACGUUUUAUUUCAUAGUUUUAUAUUUUUUAUAGUUUAUAUAUGCUUUUUUAAAUAAUUAGAUGCAUUGUUUUUCUGAAUGAAUGAAUGAAUGAAUGAAUAUAUAAAUAAAUAGAUAGUAUAAAC